CUUACUUCCAGAUAGCUGUCCGUAGGAUAUGGAAUCCCGCUCAAAAUUCGCUUGCCUCAAUAUUGAUGAUGACUCUGACGAAGAGUUCACUAAUGUCACCAAAGGAAAGAAAGGCGGUUCACAUAAAACCGACUCUCACAAAGUGAAGAAUGGUGGCAGUCUCAUAGUGCAUUCUGUAGAAAAGAGGCCGAAAGCAAAAAGGGGACCCAAGGCUAAGGUGGUAGAUGAUGCGACUGGUUUGGUUGUACAGGACGCUGACGAGAAUUAUGCAGCUGAGCAGAAGUUUCGCGAGGAUCUCAAACGAGCUAUGAGGGAGAGUGCACAAUUGGCAAGUAGUCAGAAUCGUUCCUCUUCAUCUAACUCCGAAAAAGCGCCAGGAUUAACGGCUGGCAGCAGUGCGAAAAACGACCAAGAAAAUCCUUCGAAUAAAGAAAGUCUUUCAAUCGUGGAGAAGAUUCUUAGUUCAAUUGAAGACGAAUCUCGGAAGCUCUCUGCUGGGUUUGACAGGACCGAUUCGAAAGACGAUUCCAUGAUCAUAGCAUUGUAUCGAAGCAAGCUUACUGAGGCUAUAGAACAGACUUUGGAGGCUAACGAAAAGGCACAAGCUGCGCAGGCCGAUGUGGAGAAGUAUCGUAUGAAAUACAGGAAGCUGGUGGAAUUAUUUCGCGAUGCUGAAUUAUCUGAACGAGCGAAGCUAGUGAUGGACUUAGAAAGAGCGCGCACUGCGCAGUCAGACUUGGGCACCCAGCUUGCAGCUACACAGAAGGAAGUGGAGCAAUAUAAAAGCAAGUUGAGAUCUUUAGGUGCUUUGAAAUGAAUUUGCCCUCGUCAUCGAUUUGCCAGCAUUGGUGAUAUAUUAUAGCGGCUUUCGGGUUCAUGCGCCUUUUGUAUUCUAAUUCGAGUCCUCCUUUUUACUCUGUUACGCUGCCGAAUAAUAACAUCGUUCGUUCUGUGCAUUUGCACUUUGAACCUCUAACACCUGUGCUUUGCUAUACUAAAACACAUUUUUUCAAGAAUCUGAUGGGUCCCAGAUGAUGAAGAAAAGUAAAGACGUUAAGCACAUAA